AUGCUCGGCAAUAUGGCUGCUAUUGUCAAUCGUGUCACAGCUCUUGUACCAAAAGUUGCCCUACCCGUGGCACGCUAUGGACAAUCGAAAUUGUCCCGUUUUUGGUAUUUUGCUCGCGUUGAAUUACGUCCACCAAUGCCAAGCGAAUUCGGUGAAGUUCAAAAAGGUGUUCAAAAAAUUGUUAAAUCAGCUUCCACCGGUGCUUGGCGCCAAUUGACCGUUAAACAAUUCGCCUUGAACGGCCUUGUUGGUCUAGAAGUUAUGUUCUGGUUUUACAUUGGUGAAUGCAUUGGACGCGGAAGUAUCAUUGGCUAUCGACCUGGCCGUAGUGAGGGCAUCCCAGCUCCAUAUAAAUACUUCAUGUGA